AUGGGGCCCCAAAAGGCUGAUGCGGUGGACGUGUUGCUAAAUGCAAAAUGGCUGUACCAUGGGGAGCACAACGAGAGCCACGGAGCUGUGCUAGUCCAGUUCACCAGUGGGAAUCUGCAGAGUCCAGUCAACAUGCGCAAGAGCAAAGUCUCCACAAAUCCCAGGAAGAGUCAUCAAUGGAUCCUGGCAGCUGAAACAGACAGACCUUCCUCUGUGGGAAACAAUUUGGGGACUGGAGCCCUCAAAUGCAACAUUCUGUGCCGGCACUUUGUGGGGAUUUUGAACAAGCUCUCUGGUCAGGUGAAAGUCUAUGAUGCUGAAUUGUUCAACAUGCAGCCACUGUUUGCAGAUGAAUCAGUAGAGAAUGAACCGGCAUCAGGGAAUCGGAUCAAAACUUACAGGGAGAAGAUGACCCCCACAACCUUCCUCUCUGCUAUGCUGAUGCAGCCAGGCCUGAAGACGUUUGUAAAUUUGAAGAUCUUCUUUCCCCUGUGGAGUACGAUUGCUGAGAUUGCCAGGCCCGAUGCAUAUGGUUUCUGGAUGUCCUCAUCAAAUUUCGAUCUCAGAAAGUGA